CGUCACUGUGACGUAUCCGCUGCUGCCUGUAAACAAAAACCAGUUAGCGGUUAGCAUUUAGCUCCGGCGCAUCCUGGAGGAGAAGAACCGAACCUUUACCGGAACCAGAGCAGACACAGCGGAUCCGGAUCGAAGACUCUGAGGGAUGGACUAACCCCGAACCGGCAAGAUGUCCAUGGAAGACCCGUUCUUCGUUGUUAAAGGGGAGGUGGAGAAGGCAGUGCAUGCUGCUCAGAGCCUCCAUCACAGGUGGAGUGAGCUGCUGCAGGAAGAGGAUGGAGCCUCCAAAGAGGAAAUCGACUGGACAACCAAUGAGCUGAGGAACAGCCUGCGCUCCAUCGACUGGGACCUGGAGGACCUCGACGAGACCAUCAGCAUCGUGGAGUCAAACCCAAAGAAGUUCAACCUGGAUGCUGCUGAGCUGACAAAGAGGAAGGCCUUCAUCAUCAGCACCCGACGCAUCGUCAAGGAAAUGAAAGAACAGCUGUUCAGUCCUGCUGCUGCCUCCAGUGACAGAAAGAACAAACAGGUUCUGUUUGGAGAACGCAGCGGUCAGGGUCACGUAUGGCAGCCUGGUUCUGAUAAAUACAACCGACUAGAUCGCCAGCUCCAGAACGCCAACUCUCAGUUCAUCGAGGAGCAGCAGGUCCAGCAGCAGCUGAUUGCAGAGAAACAAGAUGAGCAGCUGGAUCUGGUGUCCGGAACCAUCGGAGUUCUGAAGAACAUGUCAGAGCGGAUUGGCAUGGAGCUGGAUGAACAAGCUGUGAUGUUGGACGACUUUGGCCAUGAGAUGGACCACACUCAGUCCAGACUGGACAACGUGAUGAAGAAACUGGCCAAAGUGUCUCACAUGACCAGCGAUCGCCGUCAGUGGUGUGCGAUCGGCGUGCUGCUCGCCGUCCUCCUGGUCGUCAUCAUCCUCCUCAUGGUGCUCUGAUUGGUCCAAAGGUUUCAGUAGAAGACGUUGUCUCCAGGCAGAACGUCUGGUCCCUUAUAGACUGCAGCGGACUCGUAUGGAAUGUUCUGGACGUUACCUGGACUGAAUCGAGCUCUUCCUGAUCACUUGUUUUUUGUUGAGCAUCAUUUCAGAGACGAAGCAACAAGUUAUGUUUGACGUCUGCCACACAAGACGAAAAGGUCCUGUUGUUUCAGUGUGUGUGUGUGUGUGUGUGUGUGUGUGUGUG